AUGCCUAGAUUGUCAACAAGAUAUAUUAGAAUAAUCACUCAUAUGUUCUAUCUAUUAAUGUUCAGUUAUUUAGUUUCUCAAAGAUCUGAAAAGAUCAUAAAAAUCAAACGCAUCGACCGUUUUAUAGUGGACAUGAAACAUAUUCUUCUCUGGACGCGAUUACACACUUUUAAAGACGGUCAAAAAGAGUUUAUUGAUCAUAAGUGUGAUUUUAUCAAUUGUUAUUUGACGGUAAAUAGAAGUUUGUUUAGCGAUUUAAGGUACUUUGACGCCAUUGUUUUCAAUGUACAAGACGUUAGUAGAGAUGCCGGCGAUUUGCCGAGUACAAGAAGUUUGAAUCAGAAAUAUAUCUUCGCAGCAAAUAAUUCGGCUGACAAUUAUCCAGUUUGUGAUCAUAGAUACGAUGACUUUUUUAAUUGGUCCUGGACCUACAGGACAGACUCUACAAUCGUAUACCGAUUCAUUUCUACAUUCAAUCUCCAUGGAGAAGAGUUAGGAAAUCAUUUACAAUGGUUGGAAGAUAUGGAUCCACUGGACAAUUUUCAGAAGACACAAUUUGCAUCAAAAUCCAUAGCGGCUGCAAUUAUUAUGGACAACUGCGUGUCCAACAGUGGAAGAGAAGUUUACGUAAAUAAACUUUCGCGUCACCUAGCCGCAUACAACCUUACAGUAGAUGUGUACGGCAAAUGCGGCAACAACAAAUGCAAACGAAGAAAUAUGCAACCAUGCCACUGGCGCAUUAGAAAGAAUUAUUACUUCUACUUAGCAUUUGAAGACUCGAUAUCUGUGGAUUAUAUUACUACUGAAGUUCUUUACGCGUAUGAUAAUAAUGCUGUGCCAAUAGUUUACGGUGGUGCAACUUAUGAGGAAUUCCUGCCACCAAACUCGUAUCUAGAUGGAACGCAGAUGUCAGAAGGAACGUUAGCUGAAAGGAUGUACGCCGUGAUAACUGAUCCUGAACUAUAUUACGAUUUCUUUCGCUGGAAAAACCAUUACUCCAUACGGUCAUCACUUGUGUUAAAUCCUUGUCGUUUAUGCCAAAUUAUGAACAGCAAAUAUUUAGUGGGACAACGGCCCAGUUAUAAAGAGUUUAGGAAAUGGUGGAACGAUAAUUAUCUUCAAAGAUGUGAAAGCUAA